AUGCUCUCCACCGCGCUGUGCAAGACCGGCAAACGGUGCGCAUUGAGCCGCGGCGCCGUGCUCGCAGCAGCAGCCAGAAGCCCAGUCACCGGGCCGGAAUGCACGUUACCGUCGCCUUCGCCAAUCUGCCGACGACAUGGGCAACAGCAACAAUCGCGCAAAGCCAGCAACGGCACCUGGAGGCCGGUAUCUGUUCUGGACGAGUAUAUGGGUGGCGAGAGAAGCAAGGCCCAUCAGCUUGCGACAGCUCAUGGUCUUUGGCCGCUCUCUGACCGAGUCGCGCCUCAUCAGCUCAGCAAACUAUGUCCGGACAGAGCUCCCAGCCAGGCAAGUUGCAGCCGAAUCCCUCUCCCCUCCAGGAAAAUUGCACUUGAUUUGCUGACGGCUUCCCUUGCUUGCAGAAUAGCACAUCGUCUCCGAGACAUGCAACAGCUGCCCUACGUCGUCGUAACCAAUCCGCACAUCAGCGAGGUCUACGACCUAUACUACAACGCAUUCGACCAGCUCCGCAAACUCAAAGAAAUCAAGACCCUAGAGGACAACGACAAGCUGUGCGACAUUAUCCGCCACAACCUCAAGAGCCACUUGACCGUGAUUCCCAAGCUGGCAAUGGGCAUCCUCGAGUGCGGCGGGCUCAUGGACCCCCAAGCACUCGACAAAUUCAUGAACACCAUUCUCAGAUCCGCUCACUCACACACCCCCCGUCUCCAGCGAAUAUCCCGCCGCGUCAUCGCGGAGCAACACCUCUCCCUCACCGAAACCUUCAACUCCCCCUACUUCUCGCCCGGCGCGAAGCUCUCCGAGUCCGACUUCAUCGGCGAGGUCUUCAUCAAAUGCUCCGCCAAGGACGUCAUCACGCGCUGCGCCAAAGCCGUCACGGCCCUCGCCCGCUCCACCAACGGGCCCGACGCCCCCAUCCCCGACGUCAACGUCGUCGGCCACCUCGACGCCAGCUUCCCCUACAUCCUGAGCCACAUCGAGUACAUUGUCGGCGAGCUCCUCCGCAACUCGGUCCAGGCCGUCAUUGACCGGCACCAGCGGCAGCCGGACCCCUCGUCGCCCCCUCCCCCCGUCGAAGUGACCGUCUGCGAGGCCCAGGAACACGUCAUAUUCCGCAUAUCCGACCGCGGCGGCGGCAUCCCCCGCGCCGAGCUGCCCUACCUGUGGUCCUUCUCCAAGGGCCCGCAGUCGGCCAAGCGCCUCGAGAACCUCGGCCAGGUCCCCCGCAUGGCCGCGACAAUGGAGGAGCUCCAUGUGGAAGACGAGCUCGGCCGCGCCGACCUCAAGGCCCCCGCCGCCUACCAGAGCUCCCUGUCCUCGCUGACCAGCCGGCCUCCCAACCUGCGCCUGGGCAUGGGCCUGCCGCUGAGCAGAGUGUACGCGGAGUACUGGGCCGGCAGCCUGAAUCUGCACAGCCUGGAGGGAUACGGCGUCGAUGCGUUCCUGCAGAUAUCCAGACUGGGCAAUAAGAAUGAACAGCUCGUUACAAGGGCAAGCAUGGACUCUGUUUAG